CUUUUGUUCUAGCUAGGCUUGAUUGAAGCACUUAUUGUUGAGCUUAGAUUCCUAACCUUAUAGAAGAGGUAGAUGUGUUGUCUUUAAAUUAACCUUUCUAUUUUGUCUAUUAUGUCUUGCUCAGUAAGAAGAAUAAGGAUGGCCAGACGCGGGAGCAGGACUACUUUUCUGAAAGCCAUUACAGAAUUGUUUCACCAACAUUCCAGUAUAAGAUGAGCCACCAGCGAGUGGGCAAGUGCAUCAUCAUCAACAAAAACUUUGACGAAAAGACGGGUAUGGCAUCACCUUUUACAUUGACUUGGAUACAUGGUUGUCUAACACAUCUAUAUCAUCCACAGCUAUUCACACCGUUUUAUUACAUUUAUACAACAAAUGUAUGUAACACGGUUACUCUUAAUAAGAUUGUUAAUUUCCAUACAUCCCAUUAGAUAUUGCUUGAUUUAACAAGUGGCCUAUUGUAUAACACUGUGUAAGCUAUACACUGUACAUGUUGAGUAUAGUGAAUGUGAAUGCUGUUUAUAUUGUUUGUCAGGGAUGGUUAAACGGAAUGGCACAGAUCGAGACGCAGGCGAGUUGUUCAAGUGCUUUAAGAGCCUGGGCUUCGACGUCUGCAUCUACAAAGACCAGACCUGUCAGAAGAUGGAGUGUCUUCUCAGAGAAGGUGAGCAACACACUGGGUAGACAUUGUCCUUCGGCCUUACAUAAGUAUCUAUUCAGUGAGAGUAACCUGUCUCACUGUCGCCCCCUGUUGUUCCAGUGCGGGACAUUUUCAAACAGGGGGCACCAACAGUCCAUCACAUUCACUGUGGCAGGUUUAAUACUCAUAAACCUGCCUGUUUUAGUGCUGUUACUUAGAUCCCCUGAUUUCCAUUUGCCUGUAUACCUGAGUAGCUAUUUUGCCUUUUUUUAACAUACUUUUUUAUUGAAAUCCUACAAACAUAAGGGUUACAAUAAAUAGGAAACUGGUAAUGCCAAUGCAUUAAAAAGUUUAUUUAAGCCUAUGUCAAUUGCAAUUUUAAAAAAUGUGCGCGUGUGUCCUAGCCUCGGAAAAGAACCACAGCUCCUGCUUUGUCUGCAUCCUGCUGAGUCACGGUGAGGAGGGUAUAAUCUAUGGCACUGAUGGAGCCAUGCCCAUCAAGAGCAUUACCUCACUCUUCAGGGGUGAAAUGUGCAAGAGUCUAGUGGGCAAGCCCAAACUCUUCUUCAUC